AUGGGUCUCCAACCUACCAGCAUCCCGGCUCCCAGCUCGGGUCAUUCAAACCGUCAAGUUUCUCACAAGGGUAGCUUUGAUGGUAAUCGCGUCCACCGCAGCGCAAUCUUGGAAGAGUUCCGCAACAACAAACAUCGCCGAUGGGAGUUAACGGAUAUGGCCGGUCACAUUGUGGAGUUCGCUGGAGACCAAUUAGGCUCUCGUCACAUACAAUCCAAGCUUGACACUGCUACUACUGAAGAAAAAGAAAUUGUGUUUAAUGAAAUAUACCCAAAUGUCUUACAGCUUUCCAUGGACGUGUUUGCCAACUACGUUGUUCAAAAGUUUUUUGAGCAAGGAAAUCAAGCUCAAAAGACUCAAUUAGCCGAGUCCCUCCGUGGUCACGUGCUCCAGCUCUCUUUACAAAUGUAUGGAUGCCGAGUCAUUCAAAAGGCUCUGGAAUUUGUACUGGUUGAUCAACAACACGCCAUCAUCAAGGAGCUCGAGGGUGAAGUGAUCCAAUGUGCCAAAGAUCAAAACGCCAAUCACGUCUUGCAACGUUCUUUGGAACGUAUUGAUCCCAAGAUGAACCGAUUCAUCAGCCAGGCCUUUGUUGGUCAAGCCUUUGCUCUUGCUACUCAUCCCUAUGGAUGUCGUGUCUUGCAACGUGUCUUUGAGCAUAUGCCAGAAGACCAGACCCGAGGUUUACUCGAAGAAUUGCACCGAUUCUCUAACAACCUCAUGACCGAUCAAUACGGUAACUACGUUGCCCAAUGGAUCAUCACCGAUGGCAAGAAAGAGGACGCAGCGGCCAUGAUGGCUAAAGUCAAGGGCCAAGUCCUGUUGAUGUCAAAGCACAAGUUUGCUAGUAACGUGGUUGAAAAAGCUAUUCUCAAGUCUACCGAGGAAGAGAUGCACCAAAUGAUUGAAGAAAUCCUUGCGCCUCGUGCUGAUGGUACCUCGACUGUUGGUGUGAUGUUGAAGGAUGCGUUUGCGAAUUUCCCGCUACAAAAGUUCUUGCAAGCUUCCAAGGAGCCUCAACGUGCCUUGUUGUUUGAGGAGGUGGCCAGUCAAUUGAACCACAUGAAAAAGUACAGCCUCUCCUAUGGCAAGUAUUUGGUUGCAAGUAAGUGA